AUGUCCAUAGUCAUGCGCGACACCACCGUCCUCUCCCCGUCAUCCUACGACCCAACUUGUAACAAUGCAAACACAAAUUCUAACCCAUCAUUGGAGGCCGUCUUCAUCCACUUCAUGCUGGCAAUCAAAUCGAGCCACUGUGUCGGAGUGCAGAUCUCGGUUGUGCCUUUCUGCCUGCACGAGUUCCGGGGUCAAGUCUUUUACUUCGCGGAAGGAAGUUUCUCGCGAUGUUGUGAUGGGAUUCAUGAGAAUGAUGUCCUGGCUCCGACCAAUGAUGCGGCAGAGGCUAUUCAUCAAAACUUUGUUCCAUGGCAUAAGUGGAAUGUGAGGGCACCUGGCUUUUGGCGUGAGCUUGCGCCUGCUUUCCCAAGACAAGCUGGACUCAAUGCAUGCACCGAAGCCAUAAAUCGGUACAUGAAGCAGCUGAUUUCAGAAACACAAAUCCUCGAAUGCGGCACAGACACCAGGAAAUCAUCGGAUAUUCUCCUCGUCGACCCAAACAACAUGCAAGAGAUAAUAACAACAACAAAUUCUCUCAGCCCCCACACCAUGAGCCGAGUAUCUAGCGGCACAUCUCUAGAAUCCGGCACAUCAGCCAGCGAGAGACCGCUGAAAAAGAAGCGAAAACUAAGCCCAAGUAGCUCCGCCGAGCCAGUGCUAGAGACCGCAGAUGAACUCUUGUGGCGUCUUGGCUCCGUCAGUAUCUCAGACGCAGAAGUCUCGUCGUACAUUGCACUGACCAAUGUCGACAAUCCGCCGCUGACCCCUUGCGGCGAAAAUGUGUCUCGAGCUUGGGAAAUGUGUCUUAGCUUUGCACGGCGGUCAAAUCAGAAGAUGAAAUACGGCCGAUUUCUUCGUUUUCUGUCUCUCUGCUUCUUCUUGAUUUGGGAACGGUACUCGGAUAAGCAGGGGAAGAGUGCGGCCCGUGAAGUCAACGCCAAGAUGCGAGAGGCGGGUUUCAGCGGGCACUCGAGAGGUCUGAAGACGAUGCGAGAUGAAACGACAUUGAUCAACAGAUUAAUCGCCUCGAUACAAGAAUCAUGCAAGCUCCAAGAAGUGGGGGUUCUAUACCACAUCAUCUUUGAAGCCUCCAACUACCAACUCAUCCGCACAAUCAACCGACUGGGCCGAGACAAGAAACAGACUAUUCUCGAGUACAUGUGCGACAACAUGAAUAUCGAUUCGCUAUCUGCAUGUCCUACAGCUCCCAUAUGCAUUCAGACCAUCAUUCAGCAAUAUCUCCCCAAUCUCUCGCUUGAUUUCAUCAGCUCAGCAAUCGGAUACGAACCAAUUCGGCGAAGGAAGAGUGGGGCCCAGGAAGGGGGCCUGGGACCGCAGCAGCGAGCAUCAAUGUUUGCUGCGGGCACCGGACUCGUGGGGCAAGAAGAGGUUGAACGCCUUGCGUCUCCAGCCGAGAUGGUGGAUCAUCACGACUCGCCGUCUAUUGGGUUUCGAGAUCAUAUCUUUUCCAAUAGGGAAUCUGAUAGUGUCUCGGGCGCAUUAGACAUGCUCAACGGCAUGGAGGAUUUCUUUUUCCCAUCUGCCGCUGAUAUGGAUAUUAUGAAUUCGGAUUUUUCCUUUAAUCAUAUUGAUAUGGGUUCUGAUAUGCUGGUAUAG